AUGGUUAAAGUAGCAAUUUUAGGUGCAGCAGGUGGUAUUGGUCAACCUUUAUCUUUAUUGACUAAAUUGGACAAGAAUGUCGAUGAGUUGGCUUUGUUCGAUGUUGUCAAUGUACCAGGGGUUGGUGCCGAUUUAGGUCACAUCAAUUCUAACUCUAAAACUCAAUCUUAUUUACCAAAAGAUAAAGAAGAUAAAACUGCUUUAGCUGCUGCUUUGAAAGAUUCUGACUUGGUUAUCAUUCCAGCUGGUGUUCCAAGAAAACCAGGUAUGACUAGAGAUGAUUUAUUCAACAUUAAUGCCUCAAUUAUUAAAGGUUUAGCUGAAGGUAUUGCUGAAAACUCUCCAAAAGCUUUUGUCUUGGUUAUUUCUAACCCAGUCAACUCUACUGUUCCAAUUGUUGCCGAAACUUUGAAAGCUAAAGGUGUUUACGAUCCAGCUAGAUUAUUCGGUGUUACUACUUUAGAUAUUGUUAGAGCUAACACUUUUAUUGCUCAAUUAUACCCACAAGAAACUAAACCAUCUGAUUUCAACAUUAAUGUUGUUGGUGGUCAUUCUGGUGAAACAAUUGUUCCAUUGUAUUCUUUGGGUAACUCUAAACAAUACUAUGAUAAAUUAUCAGAAGAACAAAAGAAGGAAUUGAUUAAAAGAGUCCAAUUCGGUGGUGAUGAAGUUGUUCAAGCUAAAAAUGGUGCUGGUUCCGCCACUUUGUCAAUGGCUUAUGCUGGUUAUAGAUUAGCCGAAUCUAUCUUGAAGGCUGUUAACGGUCAAUCCGAUAUUGUUGAAUGUGCUUACUUGAACUUGGAUUCUUCUAUCAAGGGUGCUGAAGAAGCUAAGAAAUUGGUUAAAGAUUUAGAUUUCUUCUCCUUGCCAGUGCAAUUGGGUAAGAAUGGUAUUGUAGAAGUUAAAUACGAUAUUUUGAACCAAGUUUCUGAUGAUGAAAAGAAAUUAUUGGACGUUGCCAUUGAGCAAUUGGCCAAAAACAUUGAAAAAGGUGUUUCAUUUGCUAAAAACUAA